AUGGGAAUUGUCAAUCAUCAUCGAGGCAAUCAAGCUAGUACUAUUGAUUUUUAUACACGAGCUUUAACCAUUUAUGAAGCAGCAUUGCCAGCUGACCAUGAUAUUAUCUCAAAAACUCGCAACAAUCUUCAAUUGGCACAAGGUUUAGCUUUGUUAAUGGAGUCGGAUUAUAAAGUCAUGGUAAAAACACGUUGUUUGGAAGGUGAACGUUAUUUUCCUUGCGAAAUUUUACUCAAAUAUUUCGAACAUUUCAAUGCACUCGGUAUUUUGCAUUUAUUUAAUCAAUUAAAUGAUCGUCUCAACAAACUUAUUCGAACUGUUCCAUUGUCUCUUGAUUUUGGCAAUGUUAAACAAUCAAUAUUUAAUAAUCAAUUAUGUAUGAAAACGGAUGAAUGA